GUGUAGGUGGCAGCGUGCAAGAUUUGGUGUGAAUGCGUGGUGUGAGCAAUUUCUGAAUCUGUGAGCGUGAACAUUUCUAGAGGAAAAUAGAAAGUUAUACCUUCGUUGUUGGAUGAAAAGAGAGUUGAGGAGUUAGAUUUAAGUAGACCAGACCCGCGUGUACCAGACGAACCCACACAUGGUGGCGAGCCCCCUGUACCACCACAGACACACACAACACAACCUCCGCGUGAGUUCAUCCGUUCCCCCACGCUCACCAUUGCCCAGCUGUGGGCGUGAGGAGUUCGAGCCUUAACCGGGGCGCCCUCUAUCACGAUGGGUCGCUCCCCGCUCUGUAGAGAUUCCUCUCUCGCGCUGCUGCUCUCGCUAUGUAUCGCCCUCCUCCUCCUCGUCGUGAGCUGUAGCGGCCAGCAGACGGCGCUCAACUACAAAGUCCUGGAGGAGCAGGACGCGGGCACGUACAUCGGGAACGUGGCGCGGGACAGUUUGAUCUACAACCAGUACAACCAGACAGAGUUCCAGAACCUUCAGUACAGCAUCCCCAGCACCAGCUCCAAGUUUGAGAUCGACCAGAGAACAUCUACAUUGAGGACGGCCCAGAAGCUGGACCGCGAGGCGGAGUGCGAGGGCUCCGGUGGUGGGGCCUCGGAUGACGUCACGUGUGAACUGCAGUUUGACGUCAGUGUCUACAGGGUCAACUCGGACGGGACGUUUAACUUGUUGAAAAUUAUCAAGGUGAAAGUCGUGAUAGAGGAUGUGAACGACAACCCUCCAGAUUUCCUCCUCGGCGAGACGACGCUGGACGUGUCUGAGGCUUCAGAAGUUGGAGAAGUCCUGCCGCUCAGCCCAGCCGUAGACAAGGAUUCAGGGGCAGACAACACGGUGCAGUCCUACACGCUGAUUGGUGGAGGGGAUGUGUUUGACCUCGAGACGAGCGAGAACCCCGACGGUCUGGGCAUCGUUCUGAAGAAGAAACUCGACCGAGAGACGGUCUCAUCCUACCAGGUGAAGGUGGUGGCCGAGGACGGCGGGUUCCCGCGUCUCACAGGGUCCAUUGACGUCACUAUCCGCGUCAUGGACGUGAACGACAACCGGCCCAAGUUCUCCAGCAACCUCUUCAACACGACUGUCCCGGAGGACGAGCCUGUAGGAUCUGUUGUACUCACCCUCCUCGCUACCGACCCGGACGAGCAGGAAAACGGUCGGAUGUCCUUCUCCCUGAGCUCCCUCACUUCGGCAAAGGUCAAGGAGUACUUGUCCAUCAACGAGUCUAGCGGUCAGCUACGUCUGGUCAAAGCCCUGGACUACGAGAAAGACAAAUCGUUCCGGUUUUCCGUCAUAGUGACGGACCAGGGCUCGCCGGCCCGGACCUCUCAGACGACGGUUGUGAUUGACGUGCAGGACGUGAACGACAACGCGCCACAGAUCGACAUCACGUGGCCCUCGUCCUCCGUGCUUGAGUCCAUCGGCGUGGACACCUACAUCGCCCACAUCUCGCUCUCCGACCGCGACAGUAGUCAGAACACGGCCAUCACUUGCGCCAUCUCCAACGACCACUUCACACUACAGAAGUUCCCCGACUCCAGCUCCAUCUUCACGGUCAGGCUGAGGCGGAGCCUGGACUACGAGAAGUCUCACUCGGAGCUGAUCAACGUCACGUGUAGUGACGGUGGGGACCCGCCCAGGACAAACUCGUCCGCCUUCACAAUCAACGUCUUGGACGCCAACGACAACGCCCCAGUGUUCACGCGCUCUUCCUACAGGGCGAGCAUCGGCGAGAACAACUACAUCGGGGAGUAUGUGAUCCAGGUACAGGCCGUCGAUCCGGAUGAAGGGCUGAAUGGAAACGUCUCCUACAGCCUCGCUCAGAACCACGGGAACCGGUUCCAGGUGAACCAGAUAUCCGGAGUGAUCAAAGCGAUGCACAUCCUGGACAGAGAAGACCUAUCGACGUAUGAGCUUGUGGUGGUGGCCACCGACAUGGGCAUUAAACCGAUAUCGUCGUCGGUGACGGUGACGGUGAGCGUGAGGGACGAGAACGACAACCCUCCCGUGUUCCUCAAGCCUCACAUUGAGAUGUACGUGGCGGAGAACCGCGCUAAGCACACGGUGGUGGACACGGUGUUCACGAGAGACCCGGACACAGACGUGGACAACCACCUCCGCUACGACUUCGCCGGGAACUUCAGCUACGCCGGACUCUUCGACAUCGACCGGAUGUCCGGCACGAUCUACACGCUGACCAGUCUGGACAGAGAGCAGCAGGACGUGUACCUAUUCGAGGUGGUGGUUUUUGACGAGAGUCAGCCCGAGUUCAAGGACAUCGCCCAGGUGUCGGUCAUCGUCACAGACAGCAACGACAACAAACCCAACAUCAGUUAUCCGAAUGAGGUCAACAACACUUUCACAAUCCUGUACAGCCUCCCCGCUGGGAGUGUUGUGCUCAAGAUAGAGGCGGACGAUCCGGACGCGGUAGAAAACGGCUCCAUCAAAUACUCCAUCCUGAAAGGCAACGAGAACGGCUUGUUUUUCAUCAACUCCAAGUACGGAGAGCUGGUGAUCGCUAAGAGGAUGAGCGUCUAUGACUCGGGCGCCUACCAACUCGUCAUCAACGCCCGGGACGGCGGGAUGUCCUACCUGGAGUCUCAGCGAGAGGUCAACAUCGUGGUCACUCUGGCUAACGGCACCACCGGUUUCCAUGACGACGACGACGACGACGACAACACCAACAUCGCUAUCGUCAUCGCUCUGGUGUGCAUCACGGCCGUUCUAGCUAUCGCCGUCCUUAUCACCAUCUGCAUCAUCCGACGCAUCGACCGUGAGAGGAAACACCACAACAGCGCUAAGAUCGAGGAGGAGAAUAUUUACAAACAGCGGGCAGUGACUGCCGAGUCGACCCCGGCCUCUAGCCCCACCCGGGGGGACAAAUACGACAACGAAAUUGACAAACUGAAGAGGAAAAUCAAGAGGGAUUUAAGUUUUGUGGUGGAGGACGACUCGGGCCCCAUGGAUUUGUCCGAGGCCAACAAUUCGUCCACUUUUUCCACUUUCAAAAAUACGACGCCAGAGUCGGACUGCAAAAAGUCGUCGAGCCCCCAGUCGCAAUCCUCGGUGCUCCACAACACUCUGUCACCCGCGGAGAGCAACGUGAAGCGAGUCCACUACAUGGACAAAGCCCUGGACAUAGACCGCUUGACCACCACCUGCCCCCCGCCCCGCAGUCAGCCUAUGUCAACUUCCGCCUACCACUCGGGGCGCGGCAGUCACUGGAACACCAACAGGGCGCAGUCUCCGCGAGGCAACGUCAUCAAACUUCCGGUAGAGGACGCCACGAGCCACUCUUCCGGUAGCACGAGUGACAGUGGCAGGGGCGGCUCCAGCGAGGAAGGUGAAGGUCACAGCCAAGGUCACGCUGUGGUGGUGGCCCUGGCCAAUGACGGGG